CAUACCCGUAAUUGGACGAGAAUAGCCGAAUCAUCUGUCCUACCGGACUGGAAGCGGCCGGAACGCCAUGUUGACGAAGUCUCCCAUCUCCGUGGAAAAAAUGAUUAUAGAAAAAUCAGUCGUUGAAAACAAAUGUUAAAUUAUCGAAGGAGAAAAGACGCCGGUGAUAGUGUUCGGAAGAACUGAAACGGAUCUGCAGAGGUCCCGGGCGGGCAAGGGAGGCAAACCUCCCACCGUCCCCAUGAAUAGCACCACAGACCCGAACAGCGACUUUCCAUGAAAAAAAGCUAUUCUGAGUUGCUAUAAUAGCUAGCUAGCCCUAGUGUCGGCUAAAGGAUUUGCGGCCUGUUUCAAUCAUAUUCAACGCUUGCUAUAUUUAUGAAAGCUAGAUAUAUUUUGUAUCAGUAUUUAUUAGUGUAUUGUUUUCCUUGGUUUGUUUUUUUGCAAUGAGUUUGCCGGCGAAAAUAGUCCCAAAACCUGCCACUGUCGCAGUAAGUGGACCUGGAACUGGCCCGUCUCCGUCGAGCCAACUGCGGGCUACCCUGACCUCGGUGUCUUUACCGUCGGGAGCCCCAGGCGCUCCUCAACUGAACACCUUGCCGCCUCCUCAAAUUUUCCUUAAUAUGACGCGUCCCAGGUUCUCUCGGGUUCAGCCAUCCCUGGAUGACCGCAUCUUCCCCACACAGCCCGGUGUCGCUGCCGUCUACAGCGUACCGAGGCACCCUGGUCCUCCCUACACAGCUCACGACUACACAAAGGGACACCCUAACUUGGCGGGCACGCCGCCAGGACAUGCCCACUCGCAGGCGCUCUCUCAGGUAUCAUUACCCACAGCUUCCCCAUAUCGCUACCCUAAGGGCUGGGAGGCAGGUGGAGUGUCUCCAUACACCACUGGACAGAAUUCUGGCUCAGCACCUCUAGUGUACUCUCCUCAGACGCAGCAAAUGAACACGCAACCGCAGAGUCGCCCGUCAUCCAUGCCCAGCCCCAGCCCCAGCCCCCCUGUCAUGUGGAACCACCAGUUCGCGACGGGCCCUCGACCAACCCACCAUCAGGGAGGAUUCAGGCCCAUCCAGUUUUUCCAGAGGGCUCAGAUGCAGACAGCGCGGCCAACCAUCCCCACCAACGCUCCCUCUAUGCGGCCCUGCUCUCAGAACCCCACAUCGGCGGUGUACCCCCCCAACCAGCCCACCAUGAUGAUGAUGGCCCCCAUGCCUUUCCCCUCCCCACAGGCUGCCCAGUACUACAUCCCACAGUAUCGCCACAGUACGCCCUAUGUGGGGCCGCCCCAGCAGUUUUCAGUGCAGCCGCCGGGGUCUGGCACCUUCUAUCCUGGCCCUAGCCCAGGGGAGUACCCUGCUCAGUACGCUCCUGGACCUCAAUACUACCCAGGACAGCAGGUGUACCCCUCCUCACCCUCCAUCAUAGUGCCUACACCGCAGCAACCUCCACCAGCCAAGCGUGAGAAGAAACCAUCCUCCCAGAUCCGUAUCCGGGACCCCAACCAGGGCGGCAGGGACAUCACAGAGGAGAUCAUGGCAGGGGGCACAGGGAGCCGAAAUCCAACCCCCCCUGUCGGACGGCCCUCCUCCACCCCCACCCCUCCGCAACAGCAGCCGGGCGGUAGCCAGACUCCGGAGCAAAGCCAGGGCCAGGCCAACUCAGCCUACAGCCUGGAGCUCCCCCAGCAGCCACAGCAGCAGCUCACGCCUGGGGCUGCAGCCAGCAAGCCAGGGCCAGUAGAUGAUAAGCCAAAAUUGGAGCUGCUUGUCCAGAAGUCUUCCUCUCCCGGGCUUGGUCAAUCAGAACCUUCAUUGGAAAGGCGAGAGGCCAGUGCAUCUGUAACUGCUCCCUCUCCCCACUUGGAUCCAGAGCUUCCCUCCCCAGCCCCAGUGUUGGUUUCCCCCAUCCUGGCCCCUCUUCCUGUUGCCGGCCCUAUUGAGCAGCCCUCUGCCGUGGAGCCCACUGCUCCCCCUCCCUCUUCUGCAGCGGACGCCAAGCACCUGCCACUCACGACUCAGUCCCAGACCUCAAACACAGAGGAACUUCUUCCAGAAGCCCCACGCACCCUUGCUGCUUCCCCAGCCCUAACCCCUAAGGCUUUGAAUGGCCAUGCUGACACUGGGGCUGAGAUGGACACCCAGUCUCAGGAGCACUACCCCCUUGCUCCCUCCCUAUCCCCAACCCAGCCCCAGGCUUCAGCCCCGGCUCCUAGAGAAGACUGCAGUGAGGCUGUGCCCAGUGUGGUGAGGGCAGAGAUGCCCCCUGCUGUCAUGGACCCUAUCGCACCAAUCACUGUGAUGCCAGUCACUCUGACCUCCAGCCCUGCGCCUGCUGUUCCAGCGCCUCCCCCUGGCCUUCCGCCGCUAGUGCAGGCCACAGCAGAGACCAGCAAGCUCUCAGACACUAAAGACAUCCCUCUCAAAGCAGGGACAGAGAGACUCAUCACACCAAACAGCAAGCUUGAACCACAAGCCCUUUUCAGAAAGAGUCCCACUACAGUAUGUCAGACUGUUCCUGCUACACCAAAAACCUGGAAGAAACCAAAUGAAGGGAGUCCUGUUGGAGAUGCAUCACAGAGGGAGACUGAGGAUGAGCUCAAGCCUGUGGAGGAGGCUGCUGGAGACCAGGCCCUGCAGCCCGCCAGGCCCCAUAGUAGCAGCAGCCCGCCCCCACCCUCAGCAGCGCCUCCAGCCAUGGAGGCAGAGGAGAAGCCCCCUGCCCCAGAGGAAAAUGGGGAGGCUGAGCUGGAGCCCAUGAGGAACGGGGCUGGGCACACCUCGGAGACAGAGAGCAGUGACAGUGGGGCCACCCCUGGGGACAAGGAGGGCUCUACAGGAGCACCCCCAGACCUCUUCCAGGAAGAUCUGCUGGAGACCAACGGGAAGCGCCAGUACAACCGGGACUUCCUGCUGGGCUUCCAGUUCAUGGCUGCCUGUACACAGAAGCCAGACGGGCUACCUCAGAUCAGUGACGUAGUUCUGGACAAGAUAAACCAAAACAAGCUGCCAACCCGGGCGGUGGAAUCCAGGGUGAUCUCUCGUGGCCCUGACUUCACACCUGCCUUCGCUGACUUUGGCAGGCAGAUGAGUGGAGGACGCGGCGCUGCAGUGAGUCACGCACACGCUCACCAGAUGAUGAACAUGGGAGGGGGUGCCCGGCGGCCCCCGCCCAGGAAGAUUAUCCUGAACGUGUCAGCGAACGACGAGGUGCAGCUGAAAAAGGCCGAGAACGCCUGGAAACCUGGCAUGAAGAGGGCGGGGCCAUCAGACGACCCUGAGGUCAUUACAACACAGGAGCUCUUCCGGAAGGUGCGCAGCAUCCUCAACAAACUGACGCCUCAGAUGUUCAACCAGCUGAUGAAGCAGGUGACGGACCUUACCAUCGACACAGAGGAGCGCCUCAAGGGCGUCAUCGACCUGGUCUUUGAGAAGGCCAUCGACGAGCCCGGUUUCUCUGUGGCCUACGGGAACAUGUGCCGCUGCCUCACCACGCUCAAAGUGCCCAUGACAGACAAACCCAACACCACAGUGAACUUCCGUAAGCUUCUGCUCAACCGCUGUCAGAAGGAGUUUGAGCGGGACAAGGUGGACGACGUGGUGUUUGAGAGGAAACAGAAGGAGCUCGACUCUGCACAGUCCAGUGAUCAAGAGAGACUACGGUUGGAGCUGGAGGAGGCCAAGGACAAGGCCCGCCGGCGCUCCAUAGGAAAUAUCAGAUUCAUCGGGGAGCUGUUCAAACUCAAGAUGCUGACAGAGGCCAUCAUGCACGACUGUGUGGUCAAGCUGCUGAAGAACCAUGACGAGGAAUCGCUGGAGUGCCUGUGCAGGCUGCUCACCACCAUUGGCAAAGACCUGGACUUUGAGAAGGCCAAGCCUCGCAUGGAUCAGUAUUUCAAUCAGAUGGAGAAAAUUGUCAAGGAGCGGAAGACAUCGUCUCGGAUACGGUUUAUGCUGCAAGACGUGAUAGAUCUCCGAUUGCACAACUGGGUGUCCAGGAGAGCCGACCAGGGACCCAAGACCAUCGAGCAGAUCCACAAAGAGGCCAAGAUCGAAGAGCAGGAGGAGCAGAGGAAGGUGCACCAGCAGCUGCUCUCCAAGGACACCAAGAGAAGGCCAGAGCAGCAGCAGAGAGAGCAGCAGAGAGAACAGCAGAGGGAGCAGCGUGUGCAGCAGAGAGAGGAGACCUGGAACACUGUGCCCAUGACCAAGAACAGCAGGACCAUUGACCCGACCAAGAUCCCCAAGAUCUCCAAGCCUCAGAUGGAUGAGAAGAUCCAACUGGGACCACGGGCCUCACUCAACUGGAUGAAGGGCAGUAGUGGAGGGGCCAAAGCCAGUGACUCUGAAUUAUCCCGGUCUGGUGGUGGUGGCGCCAGUUUAAACCGGUAUUCUGCACUCCAGUCCACCCCAUCUCAACCCACCACCCCACCUGCACAAAACCCAGAGUAUGACACUAGAAGAACCUUGGGCAGUCGAAGCAGUGCAGGGAAAGAGCGAAGCGAGAAGCCCUUGAGCUCAGCCCUGCCGCGGCCUGGUUCCUUCGUUCGAGGCGUCAGUGCCAAAGAGCUGCUGGCGAGCCCGUCCCUGAGUCCCGAGGAGCCCCGCAGAGAGCUGGAGAGCAUCAGGAGGCUCAGCGUCAGCGAGGACAAGACUGAGCCAGAGUGCAGCAGAGCCAGGGAGCCUGUGAAAGCAGAGCCUGUGGUUUCCCAGUCUCCAGACAGACCUGCCCUCUCUGAGGAGGAGAUGGAGAGGAAGUCCAAAGCUAUCAUUGACGAGUUCUUGCACAUCAACGACUAUAAGGAGGCUGUGCAGUGUGUGAACGAGCUGGACCUGUCCUCUCAGCUCCACGUGUUUGUUCGUGUGGGGGUGGAGUCCACCCUGGAGCGCAGUCAGAUCACACGGGACCAUAUGGGCCAGCUCCUCUUCCAGUUAGUGCAGCAGGGCACCCUGCCCAAGCCCCAGUUCUUCAAAGGGUUUGCUGACACCCUUGAACUGGCGGACGACAUGGCCAUUGACAUUCCCCAUAUCUGGCUGUAUCUGGCUGAGCUGCUCAGCCCUGUGCUGAGAGACGGGGGCUUCUCUAUGAGAGAGCUCUUUAGUGAAUUAAGCAAACCUUUACUUCCUGUUGGAAGAGCUGGGGUCUUAUUUUCUGAAAUACUGCACAUACUAUGCAAACAAAUGAGCCAUAGGAAAGUAGGCACCUUGUGGAGAAAGGCGGGGCUCAGCUGGAGUGACUUCCUGCCAGAGGAAGAGGACAUCCAGGAUUUCAUCUCGCAGCAGAAGCUCCAGUUCACUGUGGUGGACUGCUCUAGCCCUGAGGCAGCCCUCUCUGCGACAGAAUUGUCCCCCGAGGUGCUCAACCGGCAGCUGGAGAGACUCCUGCUGGAGGACAUGGCCAGUGAUGAGCAGAUCUUUGACUGGGUAGAGGCAAAUCUAGAUGAAUCUCAGAUGAGCUCGUCUCCGUUCCUGAGAGCUCUGAUGACUGCUGUGUGUAAGGCAGCGGUGAAAGAUGAAAGCACUUCCUGCCGAGUGGACGUAGCCAUCAUACAGAGGAGAUUGCCCGUAUUACUCAAGUACCUUAACUCAGACACUGAGCGACAGCUUCAAGCACUUUAUGCACUUCAGGCGCUGAUAGUCACACUGGAUCAGCCUCCUAACCUGCUCCGGAUGUUCUUUGACUGUCUGUAUGACGAGGACGUCAUCUCGGAGGAUGCUUUUUACAAGUGGGAGACCAGCAAGGACCCCGCGGAGCAGCUGGGCAAAGGUGUGGCUCUCAAGUCUGUAACCGCUUUCUUCACCUGGCUGAGGGAGGCCGAGGAAGAGUCGGAGGAUAAUUGACAAGGGAGCAGGUGACCGCUGCAAGCCUCCAGGACAAGAGGCCAGCUGUUGCUACAUAGAAUAACUGCAUCCUCGUAGCAGAACAAACGGACAAACCUACAAAAUGUGUGCGGGCAGAAUGACAUGUAUAUGGCUGGAAUUUUUUCUGCGGAAUGGUUCUGAGACAUGCCGCCAUUUUGAGUUUGAAUUCUAAUGGCGGAAGCACUAAAUACCUGUAUUAUACAUAGAAAAUAUUUUUGUUUUAAAUUUUAACUUACUUUUCUUUUGUUACUUUUUAAGAAGAGACUUAAAGAUACAUAGGUUCCGGACUCUUUAAUUUAUUAUUUUUUUAAGGACUGCAAAUAUGGACGUUUAUUUAACAUUUGCAGAUGCUCACAAUGAGAACAUUGAUGAUGAAUAGAAAUAACAAUAUUAAUUAUAAUAACAAUAAUAAUUGUGAAAUAAAUAGCCUCCCUGGAUUCCAUGUUGUUUGGUUGAAAACAGGGUAAAAAGUUAUUUUGGAAUGUAGGGGAAGGCAGAGAGUGAAUGCACAGAGACAACUGACGUCAAUGGUUAUCAGUGAUUAAUCACAGGAAGUGUUUCCUCUGAUUUGGCUUGCUCUCUAUGUGAUAUGUACGUAAACUUCCCAAGAGGCAGCGGUAUGCAUUCAAGAUGCAAUGCAAAUCAGUCCACAAAAGAACAUCACAUGAACAUAAAUAAACAACGAUGAACAAUAGAUGCAUUCAAAUGAAAUAAGCAAAAUGCAAGUUUAAAAAGCAAAUGCCAGGGUUGCUGAACAUGAAGCGCUUGUAAUACUUCAGACCUACAGAGCAAAUUAAAAGCUUGUAAAUACAUUAAAGACAAAAAAGGUAUUUAAAAAACAUA